AUGGGCGCUAAGGCGAGCAAGAGCGCGGCUUCGCAGCCGCAAGUGCCGAGCAACUGGAACGCGGCGCAGAUGCCGUCGCAGGCGGGCAAAGUGGCCAUCGUGACGGGCGCCAACUCGGGGAUCGGCUACGAGAUGGCGCUCGAGCUCGCGCGCAAAGGGGCCGAGGUGGUGCUGGCCUGUCGCAACGAAGAGCGAAGCUUGCAGGCCCAGGCCGACAUUGUGGGGCAGUUGGCGGCCUCGGCCGACGCCGGUAGCGUCAAGUUCAUGCAAGUGGACGUGGGCGACUUGAGCAGCGUCCGCAACUUCUGUGAGGAGUUCAAGAAGGCGUACAGUCGACUGGAUAUCCUCAUCAACAAUGCGGGUAUCGGUGGUGGCACGUACACCAAGACGGUGGACGGGUACGAGCUGGUUUUCGCCACAAACUACUUGGGGCACUUCUUGCUGACGACGCAGCUCUUCUAUUAUCUCAAGAAAAGCGCGCCGGCGCGGGUCGUCUCUGUGAGCAGCUUCCUCCAUUGUUUCGUGCAUCGACAGGCUUGGCUGAGUUUCAACGAGAACCGGGUGAUGGCCCCCAACGAAAAGACGUACGCACAAUGGUCCAACUAUGCAAACACCAAGCUGUACAAUAUCCUUUUCACCAUGGAGCUGCAUCGCCGUCUUCGAGCAAAGGGGAUCACUGGCGUCACUGCAGCAGCUUGCCAUCCAGGAAUUGCGUCGACCAACCUCUUCACUGCACCAGCAACCGACAACCGAAGCUGCUUUUGGAAAAUAUUUUUCAAAGCUUCGACGGUGGUCCCUCAUCAAAGUACGCAAAUGGGGGCGUUGCCGACCUUGUAUGCAGCUACAGGCGACAAUGUCGCUGGCGGAGAUUUCUUUGGACCAGGAAAUCUUGGUACAUUUUUCGGAUACCCGCGUCGAGAAGAGCCGUCCAAGUUAAGUCGGUCAACAAAAGCUGCGUGGAAGCUUUGGGAGGCGAGCGAGAAGCUGGCGAAGGUCAAUUUCUGCUUUGAAUAG